CUUAAGAUGGACAUAUUUUCAUUUCCUUACAAGGGCCACCCAGAGAGCUUAUAAGUCCAACUCUCAAACAACAAAUCAGUUGAAGAGCAUUCCAGUGCAUUCAGCUAAAGAUGGAUACAUGUACAAUACUUGCAAUUGUGGGUACAGGUGCAGGAGCAGUUACAGCAGUUGCUGCAGCUCCUCUUGUUUUAGGAGCUGUUGGUUUCACUGCAGGAGGAGUUGCUGCCGGUUCUUAUGCCGCCUCUUUGAUAUCAGCUGUAGCUGCUGCUAGUGGUGGAGGGGUUGCAGCUGGAUCUCUAGUAGCAGGUCUGCAGGCCGCAGGUGCUGCUGGAAUCCCUGUCGCAGCUAAUGCUGUUAUAGGGACCGUAGGGGGCGCUGCAGGUGCAACUUUGAGUUACUUUUGCAGUUAAUGAGUCACAGGUGCUGCUGAAAUCUCUGUCAUAUAAAGUCGUAUGCUAUGGAGGUUGCGGUGGAGACAAUUGCCAACAUUGUCGGCAACUGGACUUUCCUAUCUGUCCUGCAAUGCCUGUUUAUGUAAUAAUACACAUAAAGCUUUUCAUGAUCUCACUAUUACUGUAUUUCUACAUUUCUGGUCAAUAUUGUUAACAUAGGUAUGUGAACUCUGACCAUUAUAAUGAUUAAUAAUACAUUGUAUUAUAAAUUAGUAAUGGCAUAGUUCAUGUUCUGUAUUUUCUAUUUCUAUCAUUUGUUCUAACACAUUACUAAGCAAUCAGCCUCCAAACUUUCAGCUGCAGCCAUGUUAGAAUCAAAACAAGGAAUCAGAAAUGAAUGCAGUUUUUAAAUUGCUAAUAAUAAUAAACAUAUUAAUAUAA